AAUCCUAAUUACCACUUUCACCUAUUUUUCCAACGCCGCAAACGAUCGGCUGAGCACGAUUAACAGCAGGUGAUCCUCUGCUGGUUCAUAACUAGUAUUGAUUUCUAAGCUGUCCGACAGCGAUAGCGGCUUAUCUCACAUCAGGAAUUGGGUACCUGAGUUAAGAAUGAAGGAAGUAGGAUUCCAGGACAAAAGUACCGGUAUUACAACGUUUCUCUGAUCUAGAGGUUUCCAUUCCAGAGUCUCAUGAAGCGUGCCAUCAGUCAAGCUACCUACCUAUUCCCAUGAACAAAGGAGCUACCCCCAGCGAUCACCAAGGGGAUAUACGCACUUUUGCGCUUCCUCAAGUCGAGAGAUUUCAAAGCACAUUGCGACGAGAACCGACGUCUGCCAAAUCAACCAAAAUGGCAAUCAUCUCGAAAGGCGAUGGAUAUAUCAUCCGCAACCCCGACAACGUGGAAGAAGUCCAAGCGCUCUUCUGGCCGUUUAUGAAUGAGUUAGGCUGGAACCGCUCGAAACUCGAUGGACUCACCCACUACGUAACCGCCGGCGCCGCGUCCUGGUUCCUUCUCUGCCCCACCGACUCCCCCAAACCCGAAGGCUUCAUCUGCGCCUUCACCUCCGCGAAUGCCACCGGCUGGAUCGGCUUCUUCUGCAUCAACGCGCCCUAUCGCGGCCGCGGGUGGGGCACGCCACUCUUCCAGGCCAGUUUGGAUCUGUUCAAAGCGAGAGGCAUGGAGUUUGUCGGGCUGGACGCCGUGGAGCAGCAGGUGGGGACGUAUACGCGGCGGGGAUUCGUCGACGUGGCGCGGGUGCGGACGAUGAUUCGGCCGGCGUUCGCGGAGAUGCCGCUGGAGGCACCGAGGGGUAGGACCGUGGUUGGGGAGCGGCUGGUGGAUGUACGGGAGAUCGCGAAGGAGGCCCUGGUGGGGAGCGAUUUUAAACAUACGGGGAUGGAGCGGCGGAGUCUGUGGACGGACGACGCGCUAUUCCAUCGGACGGACACAACGGGGUUCGCGAUCGUCGGCGCGGACGGAGGGAGAUUGCGGGGGUGGAUUCUCUCCCGGACGUCCAUCACGGGCCAUCGGAUCGGGCCAUUGUAUGCGGAGUCGGCGCGGCUGGCGUCCGUCCUGGUGCACGCAGUGCUGGAGAACUUGCAGCGCGCGGAGGGGGACUUCGCGGCGGAGAUUCCUGUGGACAAUAUAGCGGCGCAGUCGGCCUUCGAGCACGCAGGAUUUGCGGUGGGGGGGCCAGAUAUGCAUUGCAUGUGGCUCGAUGGAAAGGUGCCGGAGGAACAGAAACCUGGGGGGAAGGCGGCGACGUGCGCGUAUGCAUGGUUUGAUGCUGGUCAGGGGUAAGGGGUACAACGGGAUGGUCUAUGAGCGCUGGGAAUAUACGGCUGUAGUUCCCAAUAAAAUUUUGUUUCGUGCUAACUAUUGUACUAUACACAAUAGUAAGGUUAUAUACAAUGGACUAUUGAAAUUCGAGGUAAGGAAUAAUAUCCUACCAUUGACGCACAACACGGGGACUAUCAUCAGAACGAAUGACGUCGUCUGAACGAGCAACAGGGGUGGCCGCAUCAUCCAUCGAUCAUCACGAUCCCUCAGAUU